AUGACUUCUACAAAUGGCACAAACGGCACAAGCCAAGGGAACGCAAAAGACGUAGUUUACCGAGACCCUGCUGUCUAUGCGGAGUACGAGAAGAAAUGGAAUGAUCUCCCGCAGGAUGAGAAAGCAUGGCUCCAACGUGCUCAAGACGUCGCAGAUGUCCUCGCCGUCGACGCCGCAGUGCGAGACCAAGAAAACAAGUCUCCUCGCGCUGAAAUCGCAUUGCUGAAGCACGCCGGUCUCCUCAAGAUCCUCGGCCCCGAGAAAUACGGAGGCGGUGGACAGCCAUGGACCGUCGGCUACAAAGCCAUCCGUAAAGUGGCUGAGGCGGAUGGCUCGAUCGGCAUGCUUCUAGGCUACCACCUCCUCUGGAGUACCACUGCCUCCGUUGUCGGUACAGAGGAACAAGCGGACCGCUACCAAAGGCUCAUCAUUGCAAACAACUACUUCAUCGGCGGCGCCGUGAACCCACGGGACAAUGAUCUCAAGAUAAAUACCGAGGGAGAAAAGCUCGUGUUCAACGGCUUCAAGCACUUCAAUACCGGAGGCGUGAUCUCCGACCUAACCGUGCUCGAAGGCGACUUUAACGGCACCGGCGAUCACAUUUUCGCCUUUGUGACGACGGAUCAGUCAGGCAUACAAUUCAGUCAUGACUGGAACAAUAUAGGACUCAGAUUGACGGAGAGUGGGAGUGUGAAGAUCGAGAACGUAGUGGUACCGUGGACGGAUGCGCUGGGUUGGGAUGUUGAGACCAAGAAACCGGAUCCAAGGGUGUUGCAGAUUCCGUUUGCAAGCCUGCUGUUGCCGACGAUUCAGUUGGUGUUUAGUAACUUUUACCUUGGUAUUGCGUUAGGUGCGCAGCAGUUCGCGGCGAAGUAUACGGUCAAGGGCACGCGAGCUUGGCCAUACGGCGGGGAUAACAAAGAGCUUGCAACGGAUGAAUUUUACAUACUCGAGCGAUAUGGCAACUUUCACGCACACUUGCGAGCUGCAGUCGCUCUCGCCGACAAUGCCGCCGAGCAAGCCAACAAGAUCUACGCGACUUACUCUGGUGACCUCAAGACUCGAACCAAUCUCACUACACGUGAGCGAGGUGAGCUAGCAGAGUGGGUGGCAAGUGCGAAGGUCGUCACUACUGACACCAGCUUGCGAGUCACGGCAGGAGUAUUCGAGGUCACAGGUGCAAAGGCAACAAGUCAGGGGGUCGGUCUUGAUCGAUUCUGGAGGGAUGUUCGUACGCAUACCCUUCAUGAUCCGGUGGCGUACAAGAAUCGUGAACUGGGCAGAUUUCAACUGCUGGACGAGAUACCAGAGGUGACUUGGUACACCUGA